AUGAUAGCCAGGGAGAAGUCUCGGGGAAGAGAAAAGGUUUUUCUUUGCAGUCGUUUGUCAUAUGAUUAAAAGUCCAGCGGAAAACUGAAAAUGUUGCGGAAUUGCGUGAUUUUCUCGCUGUUAAUUGCAGCCAUCCAUGCCGCUGGAGAAUUCACGGUGCUGAACCGUCCCAAGGCGAUCAGCUUCAAGGGCAACGAUCCACUGGAGAGCCACUACGUGGGCGAUGUGCUCUACGCGGCCAUGGGCAACGCAGUCGUCGGCGACUCCAACUGGAGCGGCAUGACCAUCAACGAUCCAUUCAACCUGGCCAAAGGCGUCAUUCUGGUGCACGUUUCGGGCAUCAGCCACGUGACCACCGCCGGCAACGCCAAGUCCUAUGAGCUGACCGGAGCCAACACUGACUCCUCGCUUAACGCACUGGCUGCGGAGUUGGAGGCCGCUAACGAGCCUGUCUGCGACAUCAACUUUGAGCAGUUCGACAAUGGCGUUCAAGCCUGGAAAUCCUGCUUUGGAGACUUCGAGGCCCCAGCUGCCAAGCCCACCAAGAAUUUAAACCCCUCUCUGCACUCCGCUGAUAAGCAGUUUCUGCAGGAGGUUGGCUUCAUCAACGGUGCCGCCGAUCAUCUGGCUGAGAUGAACAAGCCCUCGAAUGUCCUGCUAAUGCGUGUUUCCGUCGAUGGAGUGGCGAAGGCUCAUGGCGAGAAGUCUGUGGCCGUGGAUGAGGCCAACAAGUUACUGUCGGCUGCCAUCAGCCGCCUGCUGGCUGCCUCUCAGAAAUCCAGCGACUCUGUUCUGUUUAUCCAGUCCACAGAGAAGGAUGUGGCAUUGUCGCGUGCCAAGCGUGAAACUCUGGCUGCCGAUGCCACCAACCCCUUCAACCUGGCUACCUAUUAUAACAGCGACUACCCAGUGAUCUUCAACAUCAUCCUCUGGUUCAUGGUCGUCUUCGGUCUGUCACUGCUGGCCAUUUGCUACGCCAUUGCUGCCAUGGAUCCCGGCAGGGACUCUAUUAUCUACCGCAUGACCUCCACUCGCAUCAAGAAGGACAACUAAGCGGCGGAGAGGAAUGAACUAAGAGCAUCCCUUACCCCUUUUGUUAUUUCGUCCUCUUUUUCUUUGAGUUAAUAAGUUGAUCUGCCAACUUCUACUUCAAUCCAAAAAAAGCGAAGAAAAUGUGUGUGUGUGUCGCUGUAGUUGGUUUUAUUAUCUAUAAAUAAGUAUUAACAAACUUAUCAGUUUUCGAAGCAGUUGCGGCUGAGCAAUGUAAUUCCAUAGUAAUUUGUUACAUUUUUCCUCUGUUUUUGUUGUACUUUUUAGGUUCAUAUAUACAUUGAUACGAGAGAAUAUGCACAAUAUACUCGCCAGAUCGAUCAGUCACUUCUAUGUCAAACUAAUCAUCAUAUGUAAAUUAUCAAAAAUGUGAAGUGUUAAAAAAAGUAACGUUAAAUAUAUAU